AUGCGGGCUUCCCGGCUAGUGUCCAAGGUCCUUUGGAUGAUUGAGAGAGCGAUUACUACUGCGCUGACAACUCUCCAGGCUUUUAUUGAUGCUCUCACAGUGAGAGUAGAGAUUUGCGAGAGAGGACAGGGUGUGACUACUGAGUUUACGACUUUGAAAACUGAUGUUUCUGAGCUUAGGAAAGAUGUGGACCAUCUGAAGUCUACAGACUUCACUUCACUAUUUGGGAUGGUGGAAAUCCCAGAUGAUCCGAUUGCUGAGAUUCCAGCUCGUGCUGAAGUACCUCCGGCUACCACCGGAUAUGAUAUUAUGGAUGAUGUUACUGUUGCUGAGUUUGAGGCCGAGACCGAUGAGGAGCGAGAUGCGGCCGUUUUUUAG